AUGGUUGAAGGAACUAGAUUGAAAGUUAUGGAUGAUAAACUGGUCAGGCACGAGGAGGUUCUGAACGAGGUGGUGACCACUCAGGAAACACUCCGCAAUACUCAAACUGGCAUACAAGGCACAUUGGAGUUGAUACUUGAAAGACUAACUAAUUUGGAGAGGGUUCCACAAAGGGCACAAGGCGAGAGACCUCAAGGUGAUGGAUUAUUACCCAUGCCAGGCCAAGAGAUGAGACAACUUCGACCUCAAACAGUGCAAACUCCUGCGCCUAAAUGGGAGUUACCCUAUUUCGAAGGCCAUGAACCUAAAGGAUGGAUUCGAAAAUGCGAGAGAUACUUUAACUUGUAUAAGACGCCGGAGAAUCUGAAGGUAGAGGCAGCUGCUCUCUAUUUGAAUGGACUGGCAGAUGCUAGGCUACAAGAAAAGGCUAUUGAGGCUGCCCUUAAGUGCACAAAGACAAUGGCUAAAUCAUUCCAGAACACUAUUAGUUCUAGCAUCAAUAAGGCACCUGUGACAACUACAGUCAAGCCAACUUCAUUUAGGCUCAGUCCUGAGGUUUAUGAGUACAGGAAGAAUAAUCACUUGUGUUAUAAAUGUGGGGAGAAGUAUGCCCCAGGCCACCAAUGUAAGAAGAAGCAAUUGAACAGUAUGAUAGGAGCAGCAAAAGUUCCUAUUGAGAAUGCUGAAAUAGAAGAAGAACAAGACUCUACAGGGUUGAUUAUUGAAGGGGAUAUGGAGCAGGAAGUUAUAGAAGCAGUAUGUUUAAAUGCUCUAUCGGGUGAUAACAAGGGGGUGAAUAUCAUAUUGGUACGAGGGACUAUAGGCAACAGGAAAUUGACAGUGUUGAUUGACUCAGGAAGCACUCACAGUUUCAUCGAUGCCACCACAGUCAAGGAGUCAGGAUUCCAAGCUCAGCCCUGCCCACCUGUGAGAGUGACGGUUGCUGAUGGGAAUUAUGUCAUGUGUAUUGCCAUUUGCAUGAAAUACCAGUGGAAGAUGCAGGGUCGACCAUUCCAAGAGAAUCUAUUCAUUAUUCCAUUAGGGGGCUGCAACAUGGUCAUGGGAAAUGAUUGGAUGAAGAAGCACAAUCCAACUACAUUUGAUCAUGAGAAGAUGUGUGUUACUAUUGGCAAAAAGGGUAACAAAUUGGUGCUACAAGGCAUCACUGAAGAAGGAAAGCUAACUAUGAUCACUAGUGGAACCAUGGGAAAAAUGCUAAGGAAAGGUCAGGCUCUAUUAGCCCACCUAUUUAUGAUGAAUGCUGUAAAUGCUGGAGAGCAGGAGGCAGUAGGGGAAGCCAUUGAAGAGGUACUGCAGCAGUAUUCAGAUGUCUUUGCUGAGCCAAAAACCUUGCCUCCUGUCAGAUCAUUAGACCAUAGCAUACCCUUGAAACCAGGAGCAAUACCAAUCAGUUUGAGACCCUACAGAUACAACUAUUACCAAAAAGAGGAACUAGAAAGGCAGGUUAAGGAGAUGCUCACUAAUGGCAUCAUACAGCAUAGUCAAUCCCCCUUCUCUUCUCCAGCCUUACUUGUCAAAAAGAAGGACGGAUCAUGGAGAUUCUGUGUGGACUAUAGAGGGUUGAAUGAUAUCACAAUCAAGGAUAAAUAUCCCAUUCCCAUUGUGGAUGAUCUAUUGGAUGAGUUGAGUGGAUCUAUGAUGUUUUCAAAGGUAGAUUUGAGGGCUGGUUACCAUCAAAUCAGGAUGAAGGUGGAGGAUGUGUACAAGACUGCUUUCAGAACUCACAUGGGCCACUAUGAGUUCAGGGUGAUGCCCUUUGGGCUAACAAAUGCUCCAGCCACUUUCCAAGCCUUAAUGAACCAGGUUUUCCAACCCUUCCUCAGGAAAUUUGUGUUAGUUUUCUUUGAUGACAUAUUGGUAUAUAGCCUAUCUGAGAAGGAACAUGUAGCUCACCUAAGUGCAGUGUUUGACAUCUUAAGAAAACAUUCCUUGUUUGCAAAAAGAUCUAAAUGUUCAUUUGGUCAAUCUAAGGUUGAAUAUCUGGGGCAUAUCAUAACUGUGGAAGGGGUGUCAACUGAUCCUUCCAAGAUCAAGGCCAUGACUGACUGGCCUACCCCCAACUCUGUGAAAGCCUUAAGGGGAUUCUUGGGACUGACUGGGUAUUACAGGAAGUAUGUUGCCAACUAUGGCACCAUUUGCAGGCCCUUAACUGAAUUACUAAGAAAGGAUGCUUUUAAAUGGGAUGGGGAAGCAGACUUAGCAUUUGAGAAAUUGAAGAAGCCUAUGUUCUCUACACCUGUACUUGCACUACCUGAUUACAGUAAAGAUUUCAUAGUAGAGACUGAUGCCAGUCAAAUGGUCAUUGGAGCUGUACUAAUGCAGGAAGGUAGGCCCAUAGCUUAUUUUUAG